AUGUUCGACCCCCAAGUUUUGUCCACGAUAGAAAAGACAGUGGGGUACAUACGAAAAAACGGACCGUCGUUUGAAGAGAGACUACGAAAUAGUGGUAAUCCAAAAUUCAGUUUCCUCAAUCCAGACGAUGCUCAUCACAAUGAGUAUUUGCAAAGACUCAAUAGUGCCACUACUCCGACUCAGACUGGUGACAUAGAAGUGAAAGAGACGGUUGAGGAAGCACGUAAAAUACUUUUCAAGAUCGAUAUCCCACCGAUUUCCGAAUAUGAUCUCGAUAUUUUAAAACUUGCAGCCCUCUUCGUUGCUAGAAACGGUCCAGAAUAUGGGUCAAAGUUACUUUCACAUCAACGUGGGCGCAAUGGUGGCGCUCAGUUUGGAUUUCUUGAUAGUAGGCAUUCCUUGAAUGGAGUUUUUCAGGCUUAUGUGUACCAGUACAGACUAGCCAUCUGCUCAUUGCGUGCACAACUCCAAGACGAAUUGUCUUUGAAUGAUGAGAAAUUUAAGGCUGAUCUACAACUUGUAGACCUGCUGCUUUCACCCGACUACUCAAUAAUACUGGAUGCUUAUAAAAGAGCGUUUCAUCGCAAACAAAAUCGAAUGCGAUCAAGAAAUGAAAAGGUGGCUCAACAAGAACGUCAGACUCGAUUUGCAUCCAUUGACUGGCAGGAUUUCUCCCUUGUGGGCAAGCUUGAAUUUGAUGUCAUUGACGAGGUGAGUGAAUUGCCGCCUCCUCUUACUAGAAACGAGGUGAUCUACCGAUCAUUAGAAACUCGCCAGGACGAUGUAUUGAGCUCUCGCAAACGCCCUGCUGAAAAUGACCUAGAUGAAAAAGAAAAGGAGACUUCAACAGAUAAAGCAGCCGCGAAAAUACCAGGUAUGAAGAUCAAAGCUGCUGGUGAGUCUAGACUUCGAAAGCACCAAAAAACUGAACCAACUAUCAAGUGUCCCAUCAGUGGUAUUAUGGUACCAGAACUGCAAUUUGAUUCACACCUAAAAAGUCUCCUAAGAGACCCAAGAUACCAGGAACAACAAGACAACUAUAUCAAAAAGAAUUUCAAAUAUGCAUCCAAUUUGACUACAGAUCAAGUCUACGAUAAUAUCAAAAGAAUUGCCAAACGACAGUGA